UCAAUUGACAGCAAACGAAAUCAGAAUUUCAUAAAGAUAUUGUUGUUUUGUAAAAAAGUUGUUGUGGACACUGGUACAUGAUUUACAGUUACAUUAACUAGAUUCAAAUUACCUAAAGCAACUUCCUGCUAUUUGUUAAAGCUGUAUAAUAAAAGAUGGCAACUGUGCAUGAACCAACUGUUGUGGGAGUUGCUCACUUCAAUGCAGCUGAAGAUGCAGCAGCUUUACGAGGGGCCAUGAAAGGAUUUGGUACAGAUGAGGAUGCAAUCAUAGAAAUUCUUACAUCCAGAUCAAAUGCCCAGCGGCAGGCUAUCUCACAAGCAUUUACUCAUGAGUAUGGGAGGGACAUCAUUGAAGACCUCAAGUCAGAACUUGGAGGUCAUUUUGAAGAUGUUAUAGUAGCUUUGAUGCUCCCUCCAGCUGAAUAUCUUUGUAAAGAGUUGCACCAUUGCAUGGAAGGCAUGGGAACUGAUGAAAAAGUGCUAGUAGAAAUCCUAUGUACUCGAACUAAGAAAGAGAUUUCUGAGAUUGUUGAAGCAUAUGAAAGGUUAUACAAUCGGCCAUUAGCAGAACAUAUGUGUUCUGAAACAUCUGGAGAUUUUCGAAGACUCCUCACUCUGAUUGUUACUGCAAAAAAACAGGGUGCUCGUGAUGAAGAAGCUGGAGUCGAUCAGGCUAGAGCAGCCGAGGCAGCUCAGCAGCUUUACGACGCGGGAGAGGCCAAGUGGGGAACUGAUGAGGAGAUAUUCAACAAGAUUCUAGCACACGAGAGUUUUGCCCAAUUGCGCGCUAUUUUUGAGGAGUACAAGAACAUCGCCGGUCGUACGAUUGAGCAGGCGAUCAAGGCCGAGAUCUCUGGAGAAUUAUCUGAGGCACUCAGUGCAAUCGUGGAAUGCGUGGAAAACCAAGCGGCUUGGUUCGCCAAGCGGCUUCGGGAUGCCAUGCAAGGUCUCGGCACCGACGAUAGGACCCUCAUCAGGAUCAUCGUCUCCCGGUCCGAGCGAGACCUCGCCGCUAUCAAGCGGGAAUACGAGGUCUUGUUCGACAAGACCCUCGGCAGCGAAGUCAGGCAGGGAGAGACUUCGGGUGACUACAGGAAGGCUCUCAUCGCUCUACUUGGACCCGCCUAAGAUAAAUUUAAGAAACGCAAUUCGACAUGUUGUAGAAUUGUUUUGCACUAAAAGUAUUUUUUUGGCUGCUCCCGCUUUAUAUAAAAGUUUAAAAAACUUCUCGAAUAUUUUUUUCUAGAGAUAUAAGUUUUCUUAUAAUUAAUAGUUAUUAUUUCCUACUAAGGGUAGUGAAACAAAACAUUUUCCUAAUUGUAUGGCCUUAAUGAUGCAAAAACGCUUUGAAUGUUGAAUAAGUCCAGAGAGAUAUGUAACAUUUGUACGAAAUCAUUCCACCGUUUCAAUUGAUUGUACUCAAUAUUUAGAUAGAUUUUGUUUAUUUAUAGUAAUAUUUAUUAAAUAAUAUUUUAAA